GACAUUCUUAGUCUGAUAGAAUGUAUACAAUAUUUUAUAUUUACAUUUCAUGUAUCUUAAAUUCACUUGACAGCAUAGUUCAGUUUAUUAAAAUUUUGUCUUGGAAAAAAAGCAAUAAGCAUCCUAUGAGUAGUAAGAACUUAGCAAGAGGCAAUUUAUGAACUAUCGCUACUGUACAUGGAGCAAAACUCUAACACUAAGUUACUCCAAUGGACCUGGUCCUACUACCAAGUGUACUGUUCGUUCAUUUACAACUGAGUAAUAACGAUUUGCGCUAUUUCUGACCCAUGAUUCGCAGUUGUGGCUCUGGCGUCCUGUGCGCACAGAACAGCAGAUGUCGCCCUUAGUGAAUUUGGAGCUACGCUCCUUUGCAGAUCCACAGGUUCAGCCUUCAUUUAGUUCAGGAUUUAUGUUAUUUUAUAUAUCGUUCCUAACCGGUGAAAUUCUAACAUUGGUCCUUAUCAACUCCUUUUAAACAUUCUGUGUCUCGUUCUAACAUUCAUAUCCACCAUCACAGUAUGUCUAUAAAUGCUUUGCCAUUUUGUGCGUUUGAUGCAGUCUGCUGCUUCAUUCGUGAUGUUCCUUCAUUUCAUUUGUUAAAAAUGUUCUCAUUCGGCCAGGCAUCAGCAAUGCAACGAAUACCAGACGUAGCCUAUGGAUUUGAUGCAACGCCUCACUAUAUAUAUUUUUUUUUCUCUGAGGCAGAGCGGCGAAUGUGACCUGAAUGCAGGGCAUGAUUUAGUAAUGGAAUGAGACGCAAAACUCAUCCAAAGCUCAUUCAUUCGCACUGUUAGCCAUCGCACUCAGAGCAGCGCAAACCUCUGCGGUGCUGUAACGAUUUACAGGAAGAUUUGAGGCGGGCGCUUCCCUGCACCAUACAUUUAGGUGUGUGUGUGUGUUUUUUUUUUUUUUUUUAUUCGAUGAGGAUUGGCGAUGGGAGAGAUCAUGGAUUGACUAGAUUUUUCUCGGGGUGUCGGAGACUAAAGACGCACACGCCGGCGCAUGGGCGUUCGUUUCAGCACCCCAGCCGUGAAUCUGCCGUUUGUGCGGGGAGUCUUGCCCUGAUAGAUCGGGGUGGCGGACAGAGACGGGGCGCGAGGGCUACGGCAAACGCGUUUUAUCGCUACGAAAGUGGAUUCUUACAACGUUUGUGCUGAGGGGAUAUCGAAAGUAGCCCUAAUAGUUUACUGCAGCAUUUCACAUUCGACUGCAGUGGAAGAUACACAGCAACAGUGGCGAGUAGGGCGCGCUCACCACUGCAAUUUCGGGGCAAAGAUUGACUGGCGGCGUCUUGCGGAUACCUGUUCGUGUCUUUGGAGGAGGCAGCGUCCACGACUUUCCCUGCAUUUUAGGAUGCGCUUCGGCAGAAUGCAGUUGAGGGAUCUGUAUUAACCCAGCAGCAUUACGCCGUUUCCGGUUCCCAGCUGGUGUUUCCCGAUUGCAAAUCUAUCGGAAAAAAGCAGCGGAUCCCGAUGGCAUGGACACUUACGCAAGGUCUGCCGCGCCGCCGUGCUACUGGAGCCUAUUCGCAGUCUCUUCAGCCUUCAACCCAGCUCCACCGCCAUCGCCCCGCAGCCCUGCCGCAACGCGACCACCGACCAUCGAGCCAAAGCAGGCGGCAUGAGGAGGCUUGAUUCGGUACACUUAUCCAUGCUGCUCAUCGGGGUCUCCUUCGCCUGCUACUCCCCGAGUCUGAAUUCCCUGCAGGACCAGGCUUACAGAUCCGCCGUGGUGAUUGAGGGCAAGGUGCAGUCCGCGCCUCAGAACGUCUCAGCGGAGCCGUACAGUGUGAAUGUCAAAGUCCUGGACGUGUGGCCGCGGAACAGCGGGGGUCUGGAGCGGGAGCAGCUCGUCACCGUGGGGGAAUUUGGCUCGGAGGCUCCGUGCGCCAAAGUGAAGAAGAAUCACAAGUAUAUAUUUUUCAUGGACCCAACUGAUGAACCCUUGGUUUUUAAAGCGUCGUUUGCGCCUUUAGAUACAAGUGGAAAGAACCUGAAAAAAGAUGUUGGGAGGAUCUUGUGUGAAGACUGCGCUGCUGCUCCUACACUGAAGCUUAUGAAGAAUUCUGUGUCAGUGGACGAAGGAAGCAAGCUGAUUGUGAAGUGUGAGGCCUCCGGCAACCCCGCCCCGGAGUAUAAGUGGUACAAAGAUGGCGCUGAACUGAGGAAGAGCAAAGAGAUCAGAAUCAGGAACAGCAAGAGAAACUCCAGAGUUCAGAUCGGCAGUGCAAAGCUGGAGGAUUCUGGGAAUUACACAUGUGUGGCAGAGAAUAGUCUGGGGAAGGAAAACGGCACCAGUACAGUGCACGUAAAAAGCAUAACCACAACGUUAUCUCCGGGUUCGGGCCACGCCAGAAAAUGCAACGACACAGAGAAGGCAUACUGUGUGAAUGGCGGUGACUGUUACUACAUACAUGGUAUAAAUCAGUUUUCCUGCAAGUGUCCAAAUGACUUUACUGGUGAUCGCUGUCAAACCUACGUUAUGGCCAGUUUCUACCAGUCUCUUGGGAUUGAAUUUAUGGAGGCAGAGGAGCUCUAUCAGAAGAGAGUCCUGACAAUCACCGGCAUCUGUGUGGCUCUUUUGGUGGUGGGCAUAGUCUGUGUGGUGGCCUACUGCAAAACCAACCUCCCCCCCAGGAAACAGAGGAAGAAGAUGCACAAUCAUCUGAGGCAGAACAUUUAUGUGGAUCAUCCCAACCGAAACCUGGCCAAUGGACCCAAUCACCCAGGCCCAGGUCCUGAGGAGAUACCCAUGGUAGAUUAUAUCUCCAAAAAUGUACCGGCAACUGAGAGAGUCAUUAGACACGGAGCAGAGGCACCUUUUCCUGGCAGCCGGCAGUCUUCCAGAUCCCACAACUCCUCCACCCGGGCUCAUUCCUCCACUCACAGACAUGAAGGGAGAACGUGGAGUCUGGAGCGAACAGACAGCGUCCUCUCCGACUGUCCUUCCGGCAUGAUGUCGUCCUCAGUGGGGACCAGUAAAUGCAACAGUCCUGCGUGCAUGGAGGCGCGGGCCAGACGUGCCGCACACUGUGGCUUUACUGAGCCCCACCGGCCGGCCCUGCAGUACGGCGACUCUUUCGACUCGCUUGGGGACUCUCCGCAUAGCGACAGGUACGUGUCAGCGCUGACCACGCCAGCUCGCCUGUCUCCCGUGGACUUCCAUUACUCACUGCCCCCGCAGGUGCCUACCUUCCAGAUCACGUCUCCCAACGCCAGCCACGCCAUGUCUCUGCCCCCCGCCGCACACGCUCCCUACCCGCCGGAGGAGGACCAGCCGCUGCUGCGACGCUACCAGGUGCCGCUGCACGAGGCGCGGGGCCACGAGCCCUACCGGCAGCAGCAGCGCGGCAGCUACCUGCGAGACAGCACGGGCAGCCUUCCCUCCAGCCCCUACCGGCUGGCUCACGAGGAAGAGUACGAAAGCACCCAGGAGUACCUCUCCUCGAUGGAGCAACCAAAGAGAAGCAGUCGGCGUUGGCGCAGGUCCAGACUCAAUGGCCACGUAGCGCCACGUGGCUACCAACCGUCCCGAGACUUGGGCUCGCGCAGCUGCCUGUCGGACAGUGAUUCGGAAGAGGAGGAAGGUGAGAGCACGCCAUUCCUCAGUAUGCAGAACAUGAACGCCGCCGAGCCCUCCGCCCUCUACAGGCCCGUGCCCGACACGCGGACUUCUCACGCCCAGAGCGGGCGGCACGGGCCUCGUGCCAACACACAGACCAGACUGACGCACUCGCGCUCCAAACUGGACAAUGCACCCCACUAGAGAGACCACCACCUAUCCACAAAAACCGAUCUACUAUAGACAUGCACCUAUAAGAAAUAUUUUUAUUUUAUAUAACUGACAGAUAUUAUAAACAAAUGAAAUAUUUAUUUUCAUUUUAGCAAAAGUUGUCUACUAGUUAACAGCAAAGACUUUUUUUAUAGGGAAAACUCUAUUUAUAUGUACAUUUUGAUUUACAGCAUAAAAAAGAUGUGCCAAUUUUUUCACAACUUAAAAAAAAAAAAUAGAGUAAUAUUGUGGUGCCUUUUGCUGUAUGCUGAUGCCAGAGGGCCAGUGGAGUUUUUUGUAGCCUUUCUUAUACGGACGCCUCAUUUUUUAUACUCGUUUACUCUUUUGUUGUCUCUUUUUGGCCUUUUUUUCUUUCCUUUCCUUUCAAGGUUGUGUUUUUUGGGAGCUGACCCUCAUUUGAACUGUGACAUCCCCCCUCCACCGUCAUGCAAUAUAAACCACUCUAACAUAAGGUGUAUGUUUACAUGAAUUUGAUCCACAGAGAUGUUUUAUGAUCAUGUUGCUUUGCCAACAGGAAAUCAAUGACAAAUGUAAUCUGGGGUUCGGAAAAAAAGUAGUGUGUGUGUGUGAGCGUGUGAAUGUGAAUGACCAAACGCGAGAGGCCUCGAAAUGACUGUGGCUCUGAGAAAUAUGCUGCUGUUGUCUAGAGUUACGCAUGUGGGCACCUGAUGUCGUCUUACAGAUGCACUGCCUUGACUUGCUUUGCAUCCCUACAGGGUAAGGUUUGUCACACGGGAGCCUUCUUUUUCCAAAGGAGAUUGUGGGUUAAAUGUGAGGGGGCCGUGGGCCGGGCUGUCAGUGCUAAUAGCUUUUGACAGAUAACAAAGAAAUAAAGAACAUAUAGUCUCUCCCACUCAGCCCACUUUCCCGUCACUCAGUCGAGUCGCCCUCAUUAUCAGCACAUCCAUCCGGUUAGAGUGGCCAGCGGGAGAGAUAGACGGGAGGAAUGGAAGGCCUCACAGCGUCUCAGGACUUCAUUCCACUCCACAUCUUCCUCUAGCGCAGGACUGAAGAGAGACUGACACCAGGCUGAUGGAUGCAUCCACUCCAUCGUUUGGUCCUGGUACUUUGGGACAGCAAGAGUAAAGGGGCUGUUCACACGGGACACAUUCUUGUGCUGUUUUUUUAAUUUUUGCUUUGUUUGAUGCAUUCCAUUUGACAUCAGAUGUGGGAUAUUCCUACUUUAUAUUUCCGAAGUGUGAUCAUAAAUGCCCAACACUUGAAAUAUGAUGCAUAAAGAAACAAAAUUGCAAUUUAUAUAGAUAUAAUAUAUAUAGAUUAAUUUGAGGAUGGGAUGAACUUAUUUACAUUUCGCAACAAUGGGUUGAGUUAUGAGACUUCGGUUUAAUUCUGUGCAGCUUUUAACUGUUUUUAAUAUUAGAAUGUGUCCUGUGUGAACGGCCCUGAAAAGUUUCUGUGCAGGAUACACAAUAAUGUACACACACAAACACAGUCUCAAAUGACAAGACAAAUAGCUGUGAAAAUUAUUAGGGGUCAUUAAAAUGCCAAAAUAUGCAAACUUUAUAUUCUACUUGCGUUCUAAUGCGUUUCAUUUUUAGUGUUUAAUGUGGAGGCUGUUUGUUCACCGUUUUUUUUUUUUUUUAACUUCAGGUCAUUUUUUUCAUUAGGUCCAUGUAUUUCAUAAUUAUUUAAUAUAUUCACAGUUACUCUAAGACACCAAAUAGUGCAGGUCAUUGUAAUUAUUAUUUUAUCAUUACUUUUCAUAUACGACUCCAUUUUAAAGCACUCAUUGGGCCCAAAGCAAACUAGAAACAGCUGCACUGACUAACUCUGUUUGGAUGGAAACGCUCCUACAUUAACAACUAGUCAGUGUCAAUAAGCCUGAGAUGAAGUGUACUAAAAUCAGCUGUUUUUUUUUAAUUCUUCACCUUCUACAAAGAGUGUCCACAGUCAGCAUCAGAUUUCCACCUUGUUGAGAAGAUGUAAAGAAUAAUAGUGUUGAGGUAGAUGAACUCCAUUGGGUUAGGCACAGAAAAUCGACACCAAAUAAUGGAGGAAGAUUAGAACUAGACAGAUAUGUGCUAAAUAUGUUUUCCGUGCACUUCUUCCAUAAAGGAGAUGAGUUGUGAUUAUUUUGGUGAAAAAAAAAAAAAAAAAAAAAAAACAAUAAUAUACAAGUUAAAUCCUAAUAAAAGGGGUUUAAUGCUGUAUUAUGACAGCACAACGAAAUAUCUUUUUUUUUUUUUUUUUAAAUGAAGGGAUGUUUUGUUUGAAGUUUGAGCAGAAAUACUUUAGAUCCCCUACCUUUCUUCCUUACAUUUUGGGUCUUAUUUGUAUGUUUGAGAAAUGCCAAAAAGACAGUGCUCUGGUUAGUUUAAUGUGAUAUCUCUACUCAACCUCUUGACGGUAAUGUCUUGCCAGUUUAUUUCUAUUUUUUCGUUUCCCCCCGCUUGAAACGUCUAAACACCUCCUCACCUCUGCAUGUCCUUGUGGUCAAGGUUAGAUGGGUGCAUGGUACAAGCAGCAGAUGAUUUGUUUUCCUCAAGUCAGUGGAAGUGUUUUUUUUUUUUUUAACAUUCAGCAAUAAAGGAAUCUUUUGCCCCACCAUUUCCAUUCUUGGAAAAUGCUAGAGGAUUUUAAAAAGUGAGACAAACACACGCGGCUGUCAUAGAUUGUAAAAAUAAAAUGAAAACACCUGUUCAUAUGAGAAAAUAAACCUUUCUUGGUAUCAUUUUGGCACAUGCCCAUA